CCUCCAAGCCCAAUACACUCACUACCAGGUACCUACCUACCUACCUAGGUAGGGCUAGCUCAGGUAGCUUCAAUCUUCAGCUUGUAACAGUGACAAACUUACGACCUGGCGACAAGUGUACAAUGUAACUCAGGUAGGCGAAGCUAUAGCUACCGUAGGUAGGAGGUAGGAGCUUUCCCAGUGCUGGAAGUCCUUAGAAAUCACCAACUUUAUGUAUGCAUUAGGUAAUCUCUCCGACUUCACACUCACACACAUCUUGUCAUCCAUACCCGACUUCUUAAUUCGGGUUCACCUUUACUUUACCUUAAAUACUUUCCCCGCUGUCGACUUCUCAAAUUACCCUCCCUUUGCAACUCCACCAAUUUCAACAGGCGCACCUAGAUACCUAAACUAAACCUCCAGUAUUAAAACGGUGAGGACCCAAGUCACGUCAUGGCGGACUUCAAGCUGUCUGCGCAGCUUGCCGGUCACGAUGCUGAUGUUCGACAUGUCUGCUUCCCCGCUCCUGAUCUUAUUCUCUCCGCUGCUAGGGACUGUACCGUUCGCGCUUGGAAACGCACCGGUACUUCACCUCCCGCUUUCGAACCCGCUAUAACCACCCAAGGAACCGAGUUCUACAACAGCCUAACCUACUUGCCCCCGUCGCCAGACCACCCCGACGGUCUGGUCAUAUCUGCCGGCACCGAUACCAUCAUCGAUGUCAGAAGCGCCAAUUCGACGCCCUCUGAUAACGCUGAACGCCUGCUGGUCGGCCACGCUCGAAACGUUUGUGCUCUUGCCGUGGUUCCUGGUGGUCGUUAUAUUGUGUCGGGCAGCUGGGAUAAAACUGCUAGAGUAUGGAGCGUGGAUAAGUGGGAGACGGAAGCGAUUCUGGCCGGGCACGAGGAGGCGGUGUGGGACGUCCUUCCGUUUGACGAGACCAUCGUUGUGACUGCUUCUGCCGACAAGAACAUCCGCAUCUACGACCUUCGAAAUGUUGUGGCCGGCCAGGUCGAGCCUCGGUCCACUAUUUACACCUCUGACGUCAUUCGUGCUCUAUGCAAGGUUCCCAGCGGUCAUCCGAGCGGUGCUGAUUUUGCGAGUGCCAGCAACGACGGGGUUAUCCGUUUAUGGAAGCUUAAUGGUCAGCCGGUUGGAGAGCUUCACGGCCACGAGAGUUUUAUCUAUUCCCUCGACGCGCUUCCCUCCGGCGAGCUCGUUAGCUCGGGAGAAGAUCGAACAGCUCGCAUAUGGAGAGGCACCGAGUGCGUCCAGACCAUUACUCAUCCCGCCAUAUCUGUUUGGACCGUCUCUGUAUGUCCCGCUACCGGGGACAUAGUGACGGGUGCCAGUGACGGUGUCAUCCGCGUAUUCUCCCGUAGCCCGGAGCGCCUGGCUGGUCCGGAUACUCUAGCGCUCUUUGACGAAUCUGUUAGGAGUUCGUCUAUACCGCAGCAGCAGGUUGGCGGAAUAAAUAAGGAGAAGCUUCCGGGCCCCGACUUCUUGAAGAAUAAAUCGGGUACUAAGGAGGGACAAGUACAGAUGAUAAGGGAGGAGAACGGCUCUGUUACGGCUCAUCAAUGGUCGAUGGGCCAGCAGCAAUGGAUUAACGUAGGUACUGUCGUUGACGCUGUCGGUAGCAGUGGGCGCAAGGUCGAAUAUAAUGGCCAGUCUUAUGACUACGUAUUCGACGUCGCCAUCGAGGAGGGCCAACCGUCUCUAAAGCUUCCGUACAACCUAUCCGAGAAUCCCUACACCAGGGCCCAGAAGUUUAUCGACGACAAUGAGCUUUCGCAGAACUUCUUAGAUCAGGUCGCACAGUUCAUCGUUACGAAUACUCAAGGAGCUACCAUAGGGCAAGGCGCUGCGGAUUCGGGAGGGCCCGAUCCGUACGGAACCGAGUCGCGGUAUCGGCCAGGUGAUGACUCUGGCUCUUCCAGAGUCCGACACCUACCGCAGCGUGAGUAUCUUGAUAUCACGGCUGCGAAAUACGAACCUAUAUUCAAAAAGAUCCUCAGCACCAACUCCUCUCUCGAAGCCGCGGGGCGUAAAGACCAUUCCUUGAACCCGCCAGCGCAGGAGGUGCUUGCUGGAUUAAGACAGAGGUUGGAAGCGAACCAACUGGUGGUGGAUGAUGCCUCUAUUAGGCUGGUCGUCAUGAUGUGCACGCAAUGGGACUACUCGGACAGGUUGGCUCCUCUGGAUCUUUUAAGAUGCACCGCAACGUCGCCCGCUGUAGCCAAGUUCAGAUCGGCAGACCUGGGCAGUCCGAUACAGAUAUCCAUUUCCGCCGCGCUGGAGGGUAUCCCACCUGGCGCUCAACCCAACGAAAACUGUGUUAUGAUGGCAGCCAGGACCAUUGCUAAUCUCUUCAGAUCCACUGAAGGUCGGAGACUUCUCGUACAGCCCUCGGAAAGUCUUCAAAUUGUGUCGUUUAUCGACAGAGUAUUAGGUAUCGGCGGACAACCAGCGAUUGGCCCAUACAACCGUAACCUCCUGGUCGCUCUAACGACGGUCAUUGUGAAUCUCUCCGUCUUAGCUUCGAAAGAGCCAGGGAGCAUCUCGGCAAACGUUCAGGUCCGUUUGCUAACAGCGCUUGCUCGGAUUCUGCAAAAUCAGACCGAAGGAGAAGUUGUAUUCCGAGCGUUGGUGGCUGCUGGUACUCUUAUUACCGUCAUUGGUAAAACCGCCCCCGAGGCGAAGAGCCUGUCAUCGCCCAUAUCAUCGAGUAAAGAUCGCACAUCCGAACCGCGUGUGAAAGAGUUGGCAGAUGAAUGUUUAUCCUUACUAAGAUGAUCAUAAUCAGGGUUUAUGACAUAGGAGCAUAGCAGAAUUUCCGUUUUCCGAAUAGCCGUCCUUGUCAAGUCUUUUAUUAUUCCUGCUAUUCGUUAAUAUUGAUGCCAAUCCUCUUUAUGUAUCAUCGAGAGCCAGCAUUGAGAGUCUUAUAGUAACAGUGCCUAGACGGUUGGGUGCGGCUUUAUUGCAUUCGGUGUGUUCAGCAUUUGCCAAAUAGGAGGCUAAUUCACGUAAAUAAUUAAGGAGGAUCAGCGGCGAUAAUAGAGAUAUAGUUUGAAGACUGAGCAGUGAGGCCAGGACUGUGAUAUCUUAUCAAGGCACCGGAGAUCUGACCACAUAAACUGCAUGAAGUGUGGUACCUCUUAUAAGUGCAUUAGACUCUUCUUGAUCCUGGACGGCAUGAAAUCCAGCGUAACUCUCUA